UGUGGUUUUGGACAAGCUCAGGGAUUCCCUCUUCUCAUCCUCUCUCUCUCUCUCUCUCUCUUCCAAGUUUAUAUUUUUGUUCAUAUUUGUGUGGCUAUAGUUGGAUUUUUCUUGGUAACAUUAUCAACUAUGGUUUUCAAAUCAUGAAAACAAAAAUGUGUAUUACUAUUUACACCACCAUCACUUAGCUACUUCACCACCUUCACUUCCAUUUAUCACUCUCUCUUUGUUUCUUCUCCUAACCUCAAAAAAAACAAAACUUGUCUCUUGGCUUGGUUCCAAACUAUCUAGUUUAUGUUCCUUCCUUCAUUAAAAGAUAGACUCUUUCCUCUUUCCUUUAAAAACUUGUUUUUGAGUUAAAAAUAUCAACUUUUUCUUCUUCUUCUUCUUUGUUCUGUUCUGUUGUUCUUUCUCUCUCUACUAUACACACUACUGUGAAGAGCAAGCUUAAAUAGUUUAGCUUUGUUUUUCUUUUUUCUGUUUUUAGCAAGGUUUGUAUUUUUUUGUCUUUAGAUCCCAGAAACUUUUCUAACAUAUGAGAAAAAAACAAGAUCUUUGGUCUAGAACAAAGAAAAAAAACAACCUUAGUUUUGUAAACCUUGUAAUCAUAAGAUGGUGAAGGGUUUGAUGUUUCAACAACAGCAACAAGUGGUGGAUGAAAACAUGUCAAAUUUAACUUCUGCAUCUGGUGAAGCUAGUGCUUCUUCAGGAAACAGAACUGAAAUUGGUACUAGUUACCCUCAACAACAACAUAACUUGGUUCCACCACAAACUCAAACUCAAACUCAACAAGUGAAGAAAAAAAGAAACCUUCCUGGUAACCCAGACCCUGAUGCUGAGGUUAUAGCUUUGUCUCCAAAGAGUCUACUAGCAAAAAACAGGUUCAUAUGUGAGAUCUGCAACAAAGGUUUUCAAAGAGAUCAAAAUCUUCAACUUCAUAGAAGAGGACAUAAUUUACCAUGGAAGUUGAAGCAGAGAACAAGUAAAGAAAUAAGGAAGAAAGUUUAUGUAUGUCCAGAAGUAAGUUGUGUGCAUAAUGAUCCAUCAAGGGCUUUAGGGGACUUAACUGGAAUCAAGAAGCACUUUUGCAGAAAGCACGGUGAGAAGAAGUGGAAAUGUGAAAAGUGUUCAAAGAAAUAUGCAGUUCAAUCAGAUUGGAAAGCUCAUUCAAAAACAUGUGGCACAAGAGAGUACAGAUGUGACUGUGGAACCCUCUUCUCAAGAAGAGACAGUUUCAUAACACACAGAGCUUUUUGUGAUGCAUUAGCAGAAGAAAGUGCAAGAGCUAUGACAAACAACACAAACCCAAUUUUACCCUCACAAUCACAAUCACAAUCACAACAACAACCACCUUCAUCAUCCUCUCAUCACAUGAUGAUAAAUCUCCAAACCCAAUUCAAUCCUCAACAACAACAAGACCUUCAAAUUUUCCCAUUAAAAAAAGAACAACAACAAAACCAAAGUUUCAAUCUUUCUGCAUCAGAAUUAUUACCACCUUGGCUUGGCCCAAAUAAUCUUGAUAAUCAUCAUCAUCAUCAAAUUUUCUCUCCAAGAUUAGACCAAAAUCAAUUCUCACAAAACCCUAACCCUAGCAACAUUGUUCCUCAUCAUGGUCCCACUUUCCCUCCUUAUCAUCAAACAGUUCCUUCCCCACAUAUGUCAGCUACUGCAUUAUUGCAGAAAGCAGCUCAGAUGGGUGCAACCAUUAGUAACAGAACAUCUUCUUCUUCUUCACCAUCCAUCAUUGGGACCCACCAACAACAUGCUCAUGAUUCUCCAAACAAUGUCACUGGUAAUUUUGCUUUGAAUUUAUCUUCACAUGAACACCAAAACACAACAACAAAACUGUCUUCUGUUUCCGGUGUUAAUCAAUAUCUCAACAUUCACGAUCUUAUGUUUUCUUCUUCAUCGCCGUCUGGAUUUGAAGCGACCCAUUUCGAUGAAAUGUUUGGCGGCAUUAUGAAUUCGAAGAAAGAUCAAAACUUGCUUCAAGAAACACACUCUAAAACAACAACCUCCACGACCCAUCAUGUCGCAGCUGAUAGUAUCAGCUGCGACAUCGGUGGAAACGAAGGAUUGACAAGAGAUUUUUUGGGUCUUAGGCCAUUGUCUCAUAGUGAUAUUCUAAGCAUUGCUGGUAUUGGAAAUUGCAUGAAUGAUCAACAACAAAGUCAUGAAUCUCAAAAGCCAUGGUAAGAUUAGACUCAUAAAUAAAAUACAAGAGAAUCCUAUAUAAGUAAUUAACUAUAUUUAUUUAUUA